GCGUUUGCCAGCGUGUUUGUUGCGUGUUCAUUAUAGGCCCGGUGUUGUUUUAAACGCCUCGCUGUCAAAUGGCCGAGCAAUAAAAGCAAUAAAUCCAGAGGAUAAUCACCGGCCGAGAGAUACUUGCAGGUGCAGCUUCUGUUUUUCCCAGUGAAGGGUCGUAUUACUCCGCGAGCUCUUUUAUUUAAAAAGUCUCUUUCUUUGUUUCCACAUUACAUAAUAAUAAUAAUAAUAAUAAUAAUAACAAUAAAUAUGAAGUCUAACAAAUGCAAUUAAUUGUUUAAACAUGUAGCCUAAUGCAGCAAUUAAUCUGAGGUUUUCAAUUUUAGUGGGUUUAAUUUUUACAGUAGCCUAUCUGAGAGAUGCCAAAAUCAAAAUAAGUUUUUCAAAUUAUAAGUGUUAAAACCGCGAUCAAAGGGAAACAAUCUUGCAACAAGAAACAAACGACAUGAAAUACAACUGCAAUAUUUCUUCAACAACGUAAUUAUAACUAAUUAUAUAAACUAAUUCAAUUAAAUUAAUAAUAUAAGACUUUAUAAUAUUAUAAAUCAUAAAUAUUACUUAAAUAUUAGAAAUGAUACAUGUAUACAUCUAUAAAUGCAUAAAACACUAUUGCUGUGGCAGUACCAUGAUACAGUAAUGGUACAGAAGGCAAUACCAUUGUACUAAAACUCAUCUCAAUAUAUUUACACACUCUCAGAAAAAAGGUAGCUUUUCAAAAGGUACACUUUUUACCUUUUAGGUUCUAAUAUGCACACUUUAGGUACUAAUAAAAUCGACCCUUUAUAAAAAACGACGCAAGUGACAGAUUUUAUAUCUUUUUUCUUUUUCUUUUUUUUUCUGAGAGUGCAUGAUACCUGUAAAAAUGACAUACUGCCAAGCCUGUCCAAAAACAUACCUUUAGGCACUUUCAUGUGAAUUCGUAACUUUAUUUUUCAGUUUGUUCUUAAUGUUUUCUUUGUUCCUUAAUGUAUUUUAAUUUGUUAGCAAAACUAUCAAGUAUUAAAAAUGUGUAUUUUGUGCUCAAAUAUAAUUUAGCUCUGUGAGCUUGUAGCUUUGGUUAUUUGCAUAUGAGUGACUGCUCCUCCCUAAUCCUAUAAGACAGCGCGCACUGCUCCUGCUUUAGCUGCUCGCGCAUGGAAUGACUGUAAGGACGCGCAUCAAGAGGAUCUUUAACAUGUGAUGAGAUUGUUCAACUGUUGAAACACACAUCAGGGUUUGGCGAUGCAGUGUUUGCGUGGCUAGUGCUUGACAACAAGCCAUCUUUUCAUUUUGGAUACUUUGGAUACUUCCCUCUCGAUUUCAUCAAGCUCUUUUCACUCAGAUCGGAGUCCAAAGAAUUUUUAGUGAUGGCAUUUGCCAUGCUGCGGCCCAUGGCAACACAUCUAGCUUACCCGGAUGUUGCCAUGAUGUCCGAGGAUGAGGAGAACCGCAGCGAGAGCGACGGCAGCUCGGAGCAGAGCUACGGCUGCUGUCCCAGUGCGGAGAAGCGGCGGCGGAUGUCGCGCAAGUCCACGGUGGGCAGUGUGGUUAUAGUAAAGCAACGGAACGCAGCGAACGCGCGGGAACGCGACAGGACGCAGAGCGUCAACACUGCUUUCACGGCUUUACGGACUCUUAUUCCCACCGAGCCGGUGGACAGAAAGCUGUCAAAGAUUGAGACUCUGCGCUUAGCCUCCAGUUACAUCUCACAUCUGGCCAAUGUGCUCCUCAUAGGGGACGGAGGAGAGGACGCGCAGCCGUGCGUGAGCGCAGUUUACAGCGCGCAGGGGGAAAGCGGAGGAAAGCAGCCGCGCACCAUAUGUACUUUCUGCCUCAGCAGCCAGAGAAAAGGGAUAAAGGACGGGACUGACUGUGUCCGUAUGCGGGGAAUCACUUCAUUGCGCGUGACACGCCGGUAGCAGCGGCAGCAGCGCGUGAGAUAAAGCCGCAACUCAGGGAGCGCGAGAGGUGAGCGAGACUCCUCGCGACGGAGAUUUUCGGAAGACUCGCCAUUCAAACAAGAGUUCAUUUUGAAUUUGUUUGUACUUUUUCUUUGUGUGUUUUGUAUAGAGAUAUGACCAUUUAAAAUGCAGUGCAUAAAAUAUUUUUUCUUUUUCGUUUUCUUUUUUUGUUAAAGAGAAUUUAUACAUUUUAUACACAAAUUGUGAAAACACC